AUGCCCACCGGCGGGCAGCGGGCGCGGGCCUCGGGGCCCGCGAAUCAGCGCCCAGUGCCAGCAAAGGCCACGGGCACAGGGGGUUCGGCGGGCGACGGCCAACCUGUGCCCGACGCUGAAGGCUUCGUCAAGGCGGGCAAGGGCAAGAAGGGCCGAAAGGGGUCCCGCCUGGCGGAGCUGGAGCGAGCCAUCGCCCACCUGGAGGCCUGCUCCAGCCUCGGCGGCGAGGGAGAUGCUUUUGCGGCUGAGCGGCCGGCCGCCCGUCGUGCCAAGAAAGACCGGGCUGCCGCCGACCUGGCUCGCGACAAAGGGCCAGCAAGGCAGAGCGUUGGGCGGCGGCCGCACGCAAAGGCGCUCGAGGCGGCCGACGCCGCGGUGGCAGCAGCAGAAGAGGCAGCGCAGGCAGCGGCAGAUCGGCUGGCGGAGGCCGAGGAGCGCCGCACCAAGGCACGAGAGAAGGUGGCCGAUCUGGAGGAGGAGGCGGCAGCAGCGAUGAUCAAGCAGGAGCGGUUGCAGGUCUCGCAGGACGGCCUGCAGGCUGUGCGGGGGCUGUUCUUCCAGUUGCGGACCUUUCCGACGGCGCGCCAGGCGGGCAACAUUGCUGGCGCGUGGCGGUCGACCACCCAGCAGUUGCAGGCAGUCGAAGGACAAUUUGCAGACCGCGAGAGUUCACCAGCCACCAGCGCCCGCGAACGUUGGAGCGACGCCUGCCCCGUCGAUGGCGGCGAGCUCGACUCCGACUCAGACCUGGACCUAGCGGGCGGGGCGGCGCCAGCCGCUGAGCGCUGGCAGGUGGAGCGCCCCCCGCCAGCCUCGGGGCCGCGGUCCCGGGUGCCGAGGAGCGCUGUGCGCGAGCUGGUGGCAGAGGCGCGCGACCCAGGCCCUGUGACGACGGUGCCUUCGGGCCACGCUGCGGCGGCCGCUGGCGAGAAGCUGCAGUCCCACCAGCUGGUGAUGGGGCGCGUGGAGGGCGAGGAGGGGGAGUUCCUAGCCUUCACCACGUGCUCCAUGUAUGCGAGGUGCGGAGCCGCUGGGCAGAGGCUGGGGCUGGAGGCGGGCGGCCACCUCGGCGAGUGCGCGGCCUCGGGCCCCAGCUCGGCUCAGGGCGGCGAGGAUGAGCGGCCAGCCAGGCGUCAGAGGACGUGCGCGUCGGCCGCCAGCGGAGGCUUGGACGCCAGCGCAGCCGACGGCGGCCUCGGUGCUGUCAUGUCGCCGUCCAGCGCGCUCCACAUCAGCAGCCCGCAGGGCCAGUCUGCGGGAUCAGAGCGAGGCCCAGCGCUCACUGGUGCCGCGACCGUCGGCGGGGUCUGUAUGAUGAUGCUCCUCGUGGCCGCGAUCUCGCACACGGUCUGGGACAGGAGCGUGCGACAGCCGAAGUUGCUCGCGCAGAAGGCGGCAGACGAGGCCGCAGCGGCGCGCCUCGCCAGCGAGGCGGCGGAGCUCCGCGCCCGCACGGAGGCGGAGCUGGAGGAGGCGGCGCGCGCCGAGGCGGAGCGCAGGGCGCGCGAAGAGGCCGAGCAGAGGGCCCGAGAGGAGAGGCCACGGCACUGGCGCAGCAGGCGCUGCUGCAGGAGCGCGAGCAGGCGGCUGAGGCGGCCGAGGCGGCCGAGGCGGGCAAGACCGGCAGGAGAGCCCGGUACGACGACCACACGCACGCCUACCAGCUGGCUCGCAGGGAGGAUCGAUGAAGAGAAGAGCGCAGCGCGCAGCAGGAGCGGGACAGGGCCCGCGAGGCGGCGCGGCCGCCUGCUCGGGGGCGGGAGCCCGGGCAGCAGGGCCGGUGCGGGCCCUGCGGGUGCUGCUCGGGCGGGGGCGCGGCGGAGCCCGGCCACAGGUGAGCCCGGCGGCCCGCGGCCGGCUCCGCCAACGAGCGGGGCGGCACGGCGGCCGGCGGGGGGUGCGCGUCUCAAAGCAGCGAGCUCCCGCAGCAGCGCCGGCUGGCGCGGCGCAGCAUGUUCGCGCCGCCAGAAGCGCGCGCGAACUCUGAGGUCGGAUUCCGAUUAGUCGGCUGUCGGUGUGAGCAGAGUGCCGCGUCUCAUCC